ACGCAUGCAUAGCCAACAACUACAACUACUCGUACCACCACAAAUACAAGUACGUACGUAACUAUACCUGUUUCGGCUUUCUUCGAUCGAAUGGCUUCUAGUGCUGGCGUUGUCGGCUUUGUGAAAGCCGGAUACUGGUUUUGCGGUUCCAUUCCUGUAGAAGCAAUACAUUCUGAACUCUUCCAUUAUCUUUAUGCUGGCUUUGCCGAGGUCCACCUUGAUGGCGGGGUCACCUUUCCUAAGGAUUACAAGGUACAAUUCCAAAAGUUCACCGUAACCGUUCGAAAACGAUCCCCAAACGUGAAGACUCUUUUAUCCAUCGGUGGUCAUGAAGGCCACUCUGCAGCUAAGAUAUUAUCUCUAGUGGUGGGAGAUAAAAAUAAGCGUGCAAGAUUUAUACAGGAAUCCAUAGAUCUAGCCAGGAAUUACGAAUUUGAAGGCCUCGACCUCUGCUGGCUGUACCCCUCCUCGUCCGACGACGAUGCCGACCUUGACUCAUUCCUGAAUGAAUGGCAUGUUGCCGUCAAUGAAGAUUCCAAGAAUAAAAAGAAAGAUCCGUUGCUUCUAACUGCGGCGGUCUUUCACCACCCGGUCAUUCCCCGCUCUAAUUUCAAUUAUCCCAUUCAGGCUAUUUCUGACAACUUGGACUGGAUCAACGUACUGGCCAUUGACUUCUAUACUACCUCCAACUCUUCGGGGGAGACUGGACCGGUUCAUGCGUGGCGUACUCGAACUCAAGAUCUGCCAGACAGGUGCGGAGAAAUAGGCAUUCAAAACUGGAUUGAUAAUGGAGUUGCGACAAAACAAUUAGUCCUCUGCCUUCCAUUUUAUGGCUAUGAAUGGAUUCUAGAGAACUCGAAUAACUGUGGAUUAUUUGCACCGGCGCAUCCAGGAAAUAAUGUCCCCUUACCCUACAAAAUUAUCCAGGAUAUUCUCUCGAAAGGCAAUUACAUUCCCUGUAGGUAUGAUGGCGAUUAUGUUGCUACCUACUCGCUAAACGAUAAGGGGAGUUGGAUUGGUUAUGAUGAUAAAAGGAGCAUCUCUAAUAAGGUUAACUUGGCAAGGGGUAAGGCUAAUUUGGGCGGUUAUUUUGCAUGGAAUGUGGGCUUCGACGACAAAAGUUGGACUCUUUCGACUGCAGCCAAGAACGCAUGCGAUCCGCCGGCUGGGGCUAAUCAGUAAUGGCCGCAAGUAUUGUGAAGAAUAAUCAACAGCAUGGCCAGCAAUAUAUUAUGUAUGGUGUGUUUGUAUUAUAAUAUGAAGGCCAAUGAUAUCAGAUAUACAGAUGUUCUGUUACAAUUAUAUGUAACAUAGACGUUUGUUAUAGCAUCAGCAAUAAGGCCAAUGGCUAUAUAUGCCGCGCGUGUUAAUUGUGUGUAAUAUUAUAUAAGAAGCGUGUAUUAUCCCCAAUAAGGUCAUUUUUAUGGCCUGUACGAUAAAUGAAUGUUGUGUAUUAUAAAAGGAAGUACUUCCUUUUGUACUAUUA